AAGCCAGGAUCCUAGUGACCAUGUGGCCACUCAGGCUGGGGCUGGCUGGAGGGCACAGCCCACAGCAGCUCUCGCUGAGAUUCUGGGUGCUGGUUUGAGGUCAUGAAACGCCAUCUCAUGGAGCAGAGGGGAGAACAGACACCAAUCCCUGGGACCACUAUCAACAUGGGCAGCCCAGAGUCCGCGGAGCAGAGCACGGGAGUGUGCUGGCCAGGUGGGACCAUGAGGAGGAAUGAGUCAUCUCCACAGCCAGGGCCUGCCUUCCUCCCGGAGGAUGACAUAUACUUGGAACCCCAGGCGCACGGGAUGCUGGGUUGGAACAGCUCGCUAUCGUCUCAGUCGUCCUCAGAGUACCAGUCUUACUCCCAGUACCAGUCCUGGCCCUCCAGCAGGAGCGAAGAGCAGCAGGACGCCCCGCCAGAGAGCGUGUGUGCCCUGUACACCCACGUGCAGACUGUGCGUGGUGUGGCAGUGGCUUGGGAGACCGAUGAAGGCUUCGAGCCAGUCACCAGGAAACCCCUCAUCCGCGAGGCCGAGUUCAUCAAGCGACAGAGGCUGAAAGGCUCCUCCUUCGAGAUGGCCUCCAACACAGACCUACACUGGGAGCUGGAAGCCUGUAAGCAGUACUGCCCGCAGGCUGAGGACACCAUGGACUGCUGCCUGCAGGAGCUGCGAGCACCACCGGAUUGGCUGGUCACCACUAACCACGGCCUGCGCUGCGUGGCCUGCUGCAGAGUCUUCCCCACGCUGGAGGCGCUACUGGACCACGCCCAGCAUGGCAUCCGCGAUGGCUUCAGCUGCCAGAUAUUCUUCGAGGAGAUGCUGGAAAGGAGGCGGGCCCGGGAUCAAAGGCAGGACCAACAGCCUGUAGAGGAGGAACAGAGCCCUUCAGAUAGUAGUGAAUGUCCAAAGCCUGGUGCCAAAGUGCUUUCCCAGGAGCAGCAGCCAGAGCAGCAGCUGGAGCAGCUGCAGCAGCCAGAGCAGCAGCCACAACCACAACCACAGCAGCAGCAGCAGCAACAGCCACAACCACAACCACAGCAGCAGCCACAGAAACAGCCACAGCAGCAGAAGUCACCGCAGCAGCUGCAUCUGCAGAAGCAGCAGCAGCAGCAGCAAACACAGCAUCCACAGCAUCCGCAGGGGGAGUAGAGACCGGAGGUGAGGUCCCCACCCUCCCUCCAGCAUCGUGGGCUGCUGCUCCUUUUCCAGCUGGCAGGACCAGAGCCACCACCGGAGCACGGGGAGAGGACCUAGGUGGUGGGAGAAAAGCCAUCCAUGUGGCAAGGCGGGAGGGGUAGGAGCCUUUCCCCAAGGUGCGGCAUUUCCACCAAGUCCGUUUCCAAACCUGAAUCCAAAGAAGAGGGCUUCAAGAGUUCCCGAUGGUGUAAUGCAAAAUAAGCAGCAUGCAAGCAUGUGGCCACAGGGAUUUCCAUGUUUCUGCUGAAGGAUCAGCAGCACUCCACAUCUGCCACUCAAGCACACGUGACUCCCAGGAGAGCCAACCGCAAAUGAAGCUUCGGCCCUAUUUUUUUCAUUGUUAGGAAUCUGUCAUAUGCCCUAAUUCUAUGUCUCAUGUUGUUGGGAUUAAACUUGAAUAAGAUGGAGUGGUGCGGAGUGUCUGAGUGAGCCAUGCUACCAGGAUGGGCACAUAAACGACUGUUUGUGUAGGUGACCAACUAACAUAUGGGGAGACAUGCGGUUUUGCAGAAGACGGAGCUUGGGUUCUUCUGACUGGUCAGUUCGAAUGCAUUUCAAAUGUUGACAGGAAAUUGACCGGCACCCUCCUCCUGACCAGUACAGGGGCUACAGUGUGCAAACAAAGACACCAGCCAGGGCCACUGGGAUAGGUAUGUGGCCGAUGUGGCCCAUGUAGGUUGAGUAAUCGUUAUUAGAAAUGCCUGGAGUCCAAGCAUUGCACACUCUUCCAGAAGUGGGACUGUCUGCAUGUACUUAAUGAAGUAUGUUGGAAAAGGGACCCAAGUGUAAACCUCUGUCUCGUCAACCCUGUAUACAUGCAUCCAGAAGGAAGUCUAUUCAGCAUCUGCACUGCCCCUGGUUUUCACUGGCUCAAACACAUGAGGUCAGGUGUGAAGUGUUCCACUUGUGACAGCAUGUUGGUGCUCAGAAAGUUUCAGACUGGGGAGCAGGUCACUGUGAAUUUCAGUUUCUGAGGCUAGGGACGCUCAGUCUGUAUGCAAGCUCCACGGUGCCACGACAAAGUCAGUUGCAAAGCACAGGGUUAAUCUUGUCGAGAAGGUCCAAGACCCAAGAGGAGGGGCCCUGAGACAAGCUGUUUGCUCAAAAGGUGCUUGUACACAGUAAAAGCCAGGCAGAAGAGCAUGCAGUAGGGUUGCACAAAGACAGCAUUGCCAACACUGUGAGCUAAAUGGUUCUUUGUGGGCCAGGGGGAUUCCUCCCUCUGACAAUGAAAAACAUACCCGGUAGAAACUGUGCAAGAUUGCUCCAGGUUAGGAACCCAUGAGCGAGGUAAAACGAGGGCCCUGAGAGAGAGAAUAGGUCAAUGCAUUCAGAGCAGUGCCGUCCACCUUACCCAGCUGCAAGGCUGGAGGUCUUGCUCUCCACACUUUCAGUGAAGACUUAACGCCUACCAUGUGGCAGGCGCUGACUAGAUACAGGAGCAGGAAGAGGAUAAAAGGGACGGAAGCAGGCGCAGGCGCUAUUUGGGAAACUGCAUGGCCAGCGGGGGUGGUGGGGGUGGUGAACUGAUUAGAAAUACUUUCAAAAGUGCUUUACCCUGACCUGCAGGGCCCUUGGCGCUCACCCAGGACACGUUUCAUCUGCCCCGGCACUAUCCGCUUCUCUUGCUGUGUUCUAGCCUCUCUGGUCUUUCUUAACGUGUCUAGGAUUUCAAACUUCAGAGCCUUGGCACAUGUGCUCAAGAGGAAUGCAUUCCUUCCCUGUCCUCUGGCCGACACGUUGCUCUUCUCUGGAAUUUUCUCCAUUACGACACCAUAGCUUAUUCCUCGUUCUGUGUGCUGAUUUAAGAAGACAGACAGUGGCAGGGUCAGGCCCACGACUUUAAAACCACAAUGCAGAAUGUAAGAAGUGGGAUAGGAGCAGCAGGAGAAGGUGGGAGGUGGGAGAAUUUGCAACCUGGUGCAGGGGUUUAGGUCAAGAACGGUGGUGACGUCCAUGGGACAAGAGGAACAAGUUCAUUCAUGACAUAUUUGGGGAGUCAAGCAUGAAGGCCUUGGAAACGAAGGGAAGGGCACACCAGGCGGGAGUACACAGUUGGUAGCAGGACAUAAUGUUUGCUGACUGAUACAGGAGACUUUGGUGGAAGAUUGGAGUGUGUUCAUGUGAACACGUGUGAACAUGUGUGUGAGCAUGCACCAUGUACCUUAUGUGAUCGUGUCUGUGUGUGAGCAUGGCCUCCAUGUGGACACAGUUGUGGCAUAGCGGUCAGUUGGGACAUGUGAAUUCUAAAUGCUAACGGCAAGUCCCAAUGGAGACGUUGACUGUGAGGCCAUGUCUGAGUUAGACACAGAACAGCAGACAAGUCUGGGUUGGCACUGUAAAUGAGGCUGCUAAGAGAAUUCCAGCGGUGGACGGAUGAGACUCUAGGGAGCUGGAGUGGAGGUAGACUGUGUGAGCUGGGAAACAGAACUGGGUAGGUGAGGUUAGGGAGAUGGCUCCACUGUUGAACACUAGGCUUACAACCAGAAGGUCAAGAAAGGAGGAGGGGAUGCGUCACAGGAUUCUCCUUCUGGUCAGCUGACUUAGGGAAACAUGGUCUUCAGGAGCGGUAAGCAGUGUAGGGCCUGCUGCUUGGGGGAGUGGAGUGAGCCAAGGACAAAGCUAUUUUUAUUUCCUCCGGGUUUUAUGAAGCAGGCUCAGUGGCUGAGAAGAGAGGCAGUCGGAUGGGCGCUGGUCAGGUAUAAACGUAGGACAAAUCUUUAGGGUCACGCCUGAAACCACCAUGAUGGCAAAGCAACGAUGGGCCAGGAGGAAACUGAGGACAGACACACGUGUGGAUGCUCAUGAAAAUAAGCCAGUGGAGAGGCAGACGGGGAAGCGCAGGAAAAGCCAGGGAAACCCAGGACCCAGGCAGGGAGGGUUGAAAAGAAAAACAAUUGACCUGGAAGUAGUCAGCUUUGUAUCCUGUUACAUGUGGUGGUAGUUAGGUUAAGCGGGCUUGAGAGUGUAAAUCAUGGAACCUGAAUUCCCGCCCCUGUGGCAAUAUCAAGGACCUAUUGAAUGUUAAGCAGAAAGACUGCAUUUGUGAAAGACACCAGUGAGCACGGUGGAGGACGGAGAAGAGCAGCGUGGCUGAGGACAAGGGGUCCAGGUGGCCUGACAGCUGGGGAAAUUCAAGGAAAUUCAGAGGAUUGUAACUAUGGAGUCUGGCUGAGGGAGGCUGCCUGGGAUUCCCUCUGGGGGUGUGGUGGUGAAUGUUAGAGCUAGAAGAAUGGAGUGCGGCUUGAGAAAGGAAAGAGGAGGUUAAUUGGGAUGCUGAUGAUAAGUCUGAGAAGCAUCUAGAAGGGAGCCGGUUUGCAAGGAGCAGAGUGCGGACGGGGUGGUGCUUAAGAAUGGAGAUGAUUUGUGAAAACCUACACACAUGUGGUUAACUGAGACCAUGAUGUGCCCCAUGGGCCUCCUGUAGGAUGUAUUCCCUCUGUUGGCUACAGAGACUCCGCCAUGAGGACCUAAUCCAUUCUAAAAGGCUGUCUGAAUGCACUCUGAAAGACGCUAGAGUAUCUAUAUUGUCUGAGCCAUAGAAAAGCUAUUUGGCAUAGGAGGGGACUCCCUCAGCUUAAAGGCAGGUAGAACCCAAGGACAAUGUAAGAAAAGAGACUGCUGAGCCGGAAAAACCACCAGUGAGAAGGGGAAUGUUUUUUAUGUCAAAUUCAGUGGGCAAAGACACUAAGGUCAGACAUAGUAGUUCAAGUCUGGAGUUUCAACCUUUAAAAGACAUGUUUACACAUGCCUAACCCUGAUAUUCUAAAGACGUUGCCUUGUUUAAAUUGCCUCAUUCCUAUUAAAUCAUGUGCAUUCUCUACAACCACACAAAGGGUAGCUCCCAGCCUUAUCUCUCUUACGUUGGUGAGUAACCCAAGACUUCAUCGAGGUCACAUGGCUAUGCACUUCCAGCAGCCUAGCUCCAAACUGUACUGUAACCAUGAUGUUGAGACCCCAGCUUGGAUGGGGAAGCAGGUGAAUGUAUCUAGGAAAGCAUACAUGCUCAUCCUCACAGGCUGUGUCGGCUUUAGAUUGAAUAGCAGCAGCCCAGACGACAGAAGAGAUGAAGGGAAUGUAGGACAAAUGAAGAUGGUGGGUGACACGGACAGGGGAGAGGAUAAAGGAUGCUCUGCACAGUGCCUGACGCCUACAGACGGCUUUGCAGGGGUCUGGGGCCUCCACGUAAGAUCAGUACCAGUGUGAAAAACUCUCCUAGACUUUUCAAAGCACCACGAACAUUUGAAACGAUAAAUCACCUUAAACUCUUUAUUUUCCCAAGCCAUAGGGGAAAAAUAGAACUCAUUUCCCAAAACUUACAUAAAGCCGAUAACAAAGCCUGUCUAGGGCGGCACUAAAAGUCAAAUGAUGUAUUAAUCUCAUACACACACACGAUCAUCAAAUUUAACCAAGUAUAAAAGGUACAAUUCACCUUGACUGAGCUUGGGUUAUCUCUUGGCUGAGGAUAGUUAAAAAUUAUUACAUCUGGCAAUUAGUAUUGCAAGAACAACCAUGAUUCUCUCAAUAUGAAGUGGAUGUGAUAGGCGACUCUCUCCAGUCCACGCCCACUCCAGGACAGGCAGUACUGUGCACUUACAUGUCUCCCUUUCUCAUAAUGUCUGUGCUUAAAUCUACAUUUAAACCACUUCCUAGUAAACUCCAGCCUUGCUGCAAAAGAAUAUAAAAGAUGACACGAUAAGCAAUAAACCGAAGUAAAACGCA